GACUCGCUAGAAACACAACGGCUGUUGUCUCAGAAUAAUGAGCUGCUUCGCGAGAAUUCAGUGAUGGUGGCGAAUAGCAGGCAAUGGGAGAAAGAUCUCCACUCCGUUUACGAACAGUUGAAGGCCAAGACCAAGGAGCUUGCCAGUGCCAAAGAGGUGAGUUAUUCUCUCUACCCCUUGUGCGGUUACACUUGCCGUGUGUAUGCGGGGUUGGAUAGUCUGGCUGGUUCAAUGCAAUGA